AUGAUGGUAGCUGGAAAGCGGUAUUAUGGUGUUGAAGCUGACAGCCAUGAGGCCAGAAGGUGCCAGAAAGCCCUCAAUGAAUUCUUUCGUUUGAUUGGCAUAUUCGUGGUAUCAGACGCAAUACCCUUUUUAGGGUGGUUGGAUUUUGAUGGAUAUGUGAAGCAGAUGAAAAGGACAGCAAAGGAUCUGGAUUUAGUGCUCGGAGGGUGGCUCGAUGAACAUAGGAAUAAUCGGAAAUUAGAUUCAGAACGUAAACACGAUUUUGUAAACGUGAUGUUGUCUCUUGAAGAGGAAGGAAAGCUCUCCGGUUUACAGUAUGAUUCAGAUAUCAGCAUCAAAUCUACAUGCUUGUCGAUGAUGUUAGGGAGGUGGCAAUACACCGGCUGA